AUGACAACUCUUCAAUAUUGUCGGAUUGGAAGUCCAAUUCGACCGCGGCAUACAGCCGACUGCGCAGGGGCCAAUUGGGGGCCCUAUUUACGAUUAUCGUAG